AAACUCCAAUGCAACCCUCUUGGGUCCCCUCCCUCUUUGGGAGUUUUGUACUAUCGUUCAAUAAACUCUGCUCUGCUGGUUACCACUCUUCCUCUGGUCUACCUCUUCAUUCUUUGUAGUGACAUGACCAAGAACCUUGGGCAUUAAAGGAAAAGAAAUCCCGAAAUAGUUUCUUGGGAGUUCAUCCAGGAUCUCCACCAUCUUAAAGGACAUCUAACUGUGUAUAGCAGAAAACGUCUCUCUCCAUUUUGUUAAAACAGUGGACACCCAUCAGUCACAUGGGCAACUGUAAUUCCCUGACCAACACCAGUACUCCUUUAAGAUGCAUCCUGAAUAUCUGGAAACAUUUUGACCUGCAAACCUUGAAGAAAAGGCAACUUUCUUUUGUUCCAAGGCAUGACCACAAUACAAAUUGGAGGAGAAGAGAUGGCCACCUCUGGGAGCUUUCACUGGGGAGGAGAGGUUAGAUCAAAGUCUGCUGUUUCUCUUGGAACAUCCAAUCAACAGUGACUGUUCAGCUGGGAUUCUUACUCACCACUUCUGCUGAGUGAUAUUUUUCACCAUGCACAGACUGGUCAAAUAACCCUCUUACAGCUUUUAAAGCUUCUCCUAUCAGCCCAGACUAUGAGUACUAGGGUCCAGGAAGCUGAUUUUCUGGUGCUGCCCCUAGUAUCUUUUCGGAGUCCCGGAGAGAAUUACAAACACCUCAGGUGUCGCACUCAGCAAACUGCAGCCACAGGACUUGAUCACAGGAAAUAUGCUUCGUAGAAGUUCAGACUCAGGUGUGGAAUUGCUAGAGUUCUGGAGAAGAUGCUGGUACUCAACUGUUCUACCAAAUUACUGAUCCUGGAAAAAAUGUUGAAGAGUUACUUCCCCGAAUCACUCAAGGUUUAUGGAGCAGUGAUGAACAUGAAUCGUGGGAAUCCCUUUCAGAAGGAGGUAGUGGUGGAUUCGUGGCCAGACUUCAAAGCUGUUAUCACCCGACGACAGAAAGAGGCUGAGACAGAUAACCUGGACCAUUAUUCUAAUGCCUAUGCUGUGUUCUACAAGGAUGUCAGGGCUUACCAACGCCUGUUGGCAGAACAUGAUGUUAUCAACUGGGAUCAAGUUUUUCAAAUACAAGGGCUGCAGAGUGAGUUACAUGAUGUUUCCAAAGCUGUUGCCAACUCAAAGCAGUUAGGUGUAAAGUUAACUUCCUUCAAGGCUGUUCAAUUUUUUCCUCAUCCACUUCUGCCGGACACCAGUUCUCUAAAGGGCUCUGCCCCACGACUAACUUACCUGAGUGUUGCUGAUGCUGAUCUACUCAACAGGACUUGGUCUAGGGGCGGCAAUGAACAGUGUCUCCGGUAUAUCACGAAACUCAUCUCUUGCUUCCCCAGUGUAUGUGUCCGGGAUGACAAGGGAAACCUGGUCUCUUGGUCUCUUACAGACCAGUUUUCCACCAUGUGCCAUGGCUAUACCCUGCCAGAGCAUCGCAGGAAAGGUUACAGCAAGCUGGUGGCCCUCACACUGGCCAGGAAGUUGCAAAGCCGGGGAUUCCCCUGUCAGGGCAACGUCCUAGAUGACAAUACAGCAUCCAUAAGCCUCCUGAAGAAUCUCGGGGCUGAGUUCUUGCCCUGUCGCUUUCAUAGGCUUAUUCUCACCCCUGCAGCUUUCUCUGGCUAAGUUUACCUCUAGCCCAUUGGAACUCCAGGAAUUUUCUUCUUUUCCCUGAACAUACGUACACUCUGUAGCUGGCAAAGAAGGGAAUGUUCCAACUGGAAUCAGAAGAAUUGAAAAGGGCCUGGAGAAGACACGCAGCACCAGCCUUAGAAACCUGCCUUCUCCCUGCGUCAGGGUUCUACAGGAAAUAACCAGGGGCCAGAGACAACAAUGGCUGAGAGGAGGAUAAUUAUCUUCCUUUGGGAUGCACCGCAGGAAAAAGGUUCAAAGCCAGAAGUUCUCAGCCUAGUUAUAGAAAUGACUGCAUGAGAACAGUGACUUAACACAGGAGCAUGUGGCUACGGCUUCCUUAUUGCUGCCUGGGUUUCUGCUCUGGGUUGUCACAGCCACACCAGCUCCCCACUACCGUAAAUAACACACCCCCAGCCUGCUGCAAUGUCUCUCUAAACUCUUCCUACCACUUCUGAUCCAGCUUCUCUGUAGAAUACCCUGCUUUUUCCCCUUUAGUGACUGGUUUCCCACUUCUGCUUACAACUCAAGCCUAUCGCCUUUCCUGGGGAAUGUUCCAGUGCAGUGGUUCUCACAUUUUCGUGCACUUCUGAAUCACCUGGAGGGCAGAUUGCAACACAGACUCUGGAGCCUCUUUCCCCACAACCCCUGAUUCAGUAAGUCUGCGGUAGGGCCCGAGAAAUGGCACUUCUAAAAAGUACCUACUGCUCAGUGGUCAUGGAUGGAGGAAAGAAGAUACAGGCAUUUUAAAUGGUAGAAACAGAUGGUGUCAGCAUAGGAUUAGACCUUACCUAUCACCUAUUCCAGCUUCCUUGUCUAUAAUCUGCUUUCUCAUUAGAAUCUAAGGUACAUCUGUAGGUGUGAAUGUGGGUAUGGAGAUGCACACAUAAAUGUACUCUCAUAGAUGCAUUAAUACAUAUACACAUUUCUUUCAUAUUUUAUAUAUGCAUAUGUAUAAACUCAGAAUUCUGAUAAGAUAAUAAACUUUAAUUCAUUGCAUAUGAAAAAUUGAAGGCUCGGGGAAAAUAAAUGACAUUUUAAAGAUAAUACAAUCAGUGUUAGACAUCGAUCCAGUAUGCUGUC